AUGCGUCCUUUAACAGCAGAAGAAACAACUACACUUUUCGAAAAACUCGCCAAAUAUAUCGGUGCCAACAUUAAGCAUUUAAUCGAGCGUCCAGAUGAGACAUACUGUUUUCGUCUCCAUAAAAACAAAGUAUAUUAUCUCAGUGAAGCCGUGAUGAGAAAAGCAGUGAGUGUUGGCCGCGAUCAGCUCGGUUCUGUGGGUGUAUGUUUUGGUAAAUUCACAAAAACUGGCAAAUUCAAGCUUCAUAUUACAGCCUUAGAUCACUUAGCACAAUACGCAAAGCAUAAAAUUUGGAUCAAACCUAAUGGUGAAAUGCCUUUCUUAUACGGAAAUCAUAUUGUGAAAGCACAUUUGGGUAGAAUAACAGAUGAUACACCAGAGCAUACUGGUGUCGUGAUUUUCUCUAUGACAGAUACACCAUUGGGGUUCGGUGUUACAGCGCGAUCAACGAUGGAAAUGAAGAAGCUUCAGCCUACAGAUAUUAUCGUAUUCCAUCAAGCCGAUGUUGGUGAAUAUUUACGUGAAGAAGAUACUCUCUUUUAA